UAGAAUCCACUUCUCCCGCUUGUCAAACCCCACCCUUCACUCUCUCUCUCUCUCUCUCUCUCUCUCUCUCUAAACCCAUGUAACCUAAAGGGCGGGGAGUCGCGGCAUUGUUUGUGGUGAUCGUUCGCAUUCGGUGGAUUUUGAAGCUUCGAUUUCCCUUAUUUUCUCGGCCGUGUUUUUCGUUGAUCGCGAGACCCGCAUUGUGCGUCUGAUUCAGUUGUCGAGUUUGAAGGAGCGAUGGCGAAGAAGAAGGGGAAGAGCCAGAACAAGGUAGAAAUUGCUGAGGACUGGUGUUUUUCCUGUAAAGAUGGGGGAAAGCUUAUAGUUUGCGACCACAAGCAGUGUCUGAAAGCUUAUCAUGCUGAGUGUGUGGAGAAGGAUGAAUCAUUUUUUGAGACUGAAAAGAGCUGGAUUUGCAAUUGGCAUUCUUGCUUCAUUUGCCAGAGGAACUCAAAAUUCCUUUGUUUUUGCUGUCCAACUGCUGUGUGCCAACAUUGCAUUUUGAAUGCGGAGUUUGCACGUGUUAGAGGGAACAAAGGGUUCUGCAACAACUGUUUAAAGCUUGCACUACUCUGGGAAGAGAACAUGGAUGUCGACUCUGAUGGGGAGAAGGUAGACUUGAAAGAUCGGAACACAUACGAGGGCCUAUUCACUGAAUAUUGGGACAUAAUCAAGGAGAAAGAAGGCUUAACAAUACAACAUCUCCAUGCUGCUGAUGCUGUAAUUAAAAAGGGUAAAAAGUCAAGCUCAUAUCGAGAUGAAUCUGACAAGGAUGAAGAUUUGUAUUUAGCAUCUGAUGAUGAUAAUGAUAAGGAGGAGGAGGAGGAGGAGGAUGGCCUAGACGAGUGCUUACCAGUGCAGAAAAGAAAGAGAUCCAAGGAUCGACGACUUUUAAUUAAGAAGGGGGUCAAAUCAAACAAAAGAGAGUUCAAUGAUUGGGGAUCAAAAUCACUUUUGGAUUUUCUUGUAUCAAUUGGUAAAGACACUACCAAAAAAUUGUCACAGUACGACGUGUCUUCUAUCAUUGGUGGAUACAUCAACCAAAAUAAGCUUUUCCAACCAGACAAAAAGAGGAAGAUUUUAUGUGAUGAAAAGCUAGAGUCUGUUUUUGGGAGGAAAAUAAUCAACAGAAAUAAAAUAUAUGACCUCUUGGAAUCCCAUUUUUUGGAGAAUUUAGAGCCAUUGGAGGAUGAAAUGGGAUACAGUUCAGAAGAUGAGGCUGAUAAUGCAGUUGUGACCUGUAGAGAACCAAGUACAUUCAUUAAGUCACUGGAAGAUGAGGCUGCUAAUGCUGCACUGGCCUUUAGAAAACAGAAAAAGUCAAGUGCGUUAUUGAAAUCACAGGAAAAGGAAGCAGUGGUCAAUGCUCCCCAGAGCUGUUUUGCUGCCAUCACUCCUGAGAACAUUAAACUUAUCUACCUGAAGAGGAGCCUUGUGCAGGAGCUGUCAAAGCAACCUGAAACCUUUGGAUCCAAGGUAAUAGGAAGCUUUGUGAGAGUCAAAUCAGAUCCCAGCGACCGUUUUCAGACAAAAUCUCAUCAGCUUGCGCAAGUCACAGGCAUAAAAGAGCUGGAGGUAAACAAUACAGAGAUUAUUCUCCAAGUUUCCAAUAUGUCAAAAGAUAUUUGCAUCAGCAUGCUAUCAGAUGAUAAUUUCUCAGAGGAAGAAUGUGAAGAUUUAAGACAACAAGUGAUAGGUGGUCUACUGAAAAAGCUUACUAUAGUGGAGCUCGAACAGAAGGCCAGAGUUCUUCAUGAAGAUAUAACAAAGCAUUGGAUUUUCAGAGAGCUAGCUUUAUUACAAAACCUCAUUGAUCGAGCAAAUGAGAAAGGGCGGCGAAGAGAGCUCUUUGAAUACUUGGAGAGGAAACAACUGCUUCAGACAUCAGCAGAACAGUCACGGUUGCUACAGAAGGUUCCCGAGGUAAUUGCAGAAGGAGUGGAAGUCAAGCCUAGGUCCAAGGAUGCCACUAUAGAACAACGAGAUGAAUCUGGAGGACAUAGAGCUGCUGUUGCUUAUGGAAACUCAUCUGGAUAUACCAAACCCAGUUCAGCUUACUUAAAAUCACAACCAACAUGGAGAAGUAAUGUUGGAAAAAGCAUACAAGGAUGAGCUAUUGGAUGGGGUCAACUUCUGACCGAUUAUGAUGAGUCUACUCCGCCUAUUGCUGCAGAGAAGCAAAGCCCAUAAGAAGAUCCAGAGAAGAUCACAGCAGGGUGUUGAAAAUUUUGUUUUAUUGUCUAAAGCUUAAAGUUUUGGAAGAUGAUCUUUUUGUUAGAGGACUUGGGUAAACUUAUCCUGUUCAUAAAUUUGUUCUUCUUUUAGCUGUCUUCGUGUAGCAUUAAAAGCAUAGCUCAGAGAAAGCCAAAAGACAUCAGAAGUGGAUGUUUUCUUGGCCAAAAAGCAGGGUAUUAAUUGGAAAUGUUCAAAUGAUGAUUUUUCACUUUUUCA